GCACUAGCACCAUCUUGCAGUUUCCUGCCACUGCUGGCGCAAUACCAUCGCUAGCACCAGCACUCGCUCGCCCCGCCACUGCGUUGACGUGUCACCACCCCCCGACAAUCCUCCGCCCUCCGAACGCGCGCGUGUGGGAAAGCCGAGUCGCGACGUGAGCGGGCGGCGCACAUGCUCCGCAGAACCUCGAGCCGGCCGAGUGCGUGACGGCGGAGCCAGUAGAGUCGGCGGGGAAGCAGAAUCACCGACAGCAACGUACGGCGUCUUAAGGAACCUGCUCGCAACGCGAACGAAGAGCAGGAGCAGGCCAGCAGAUGGACACGCUACCGGCAACGGCUACAACAGCCGGUCCCAGCACUGAAGUCUCUACCCCAGCCGCAUAUGAGGACGACGUCCGCCAUGGCCACUUCGCCGUCACUGCUUCAUCGCAGAUCCCAAAGGCCACCAGCAGCAUGUCGCCUCUCCCAGUGAACGCGUCGUCGCCUGACAUCACUCUCAAAGACGCGAAGCACAUCGGCACCCGCCUUCACGAUGACGGCCACGAGAUCGAGCUUCCCAGUCCCCGGCUGCGCUCCAGUCGCCUGUUCAAAGGCAAGGGGAAGGAGGCGGUAGCGAUUGAGAAACCUAGGAAGAAGCCGCUGAAGCUGCUCGACCUGCCGCUGGACAUCCUCAAGGACAUCGUCAAGGAGGUGACCCACACCAACGACCUGACCUCUCUCGCGCUCUGCCACAGUGCUCUUCACGAGCUCACGAUUCCGCACAUCUACUCGCGCUUUGACAUCGUUUGGCCGGACAGCAGUACACAGUCUGACAACAGGUCGGGCGUCGAUGCUCUCACAUAUGGACUGUCAACGCUGGUCAUGGCGGAGGAGGUGUUCGGUGAGGCGCCCGAGCAACGGGCGCAUGCGCAAAGCAACAGGUUCAGCAUAACGGAGGGAAAAGCGACAGAGAUGGCGAUAAGGAGGAGAAGAGGUAACCACUAUGCGCACUUCACCAAAAAGUUCUCGCUCGGCAAUGGGCCGGCAGACUGGGUACAAGAGUAUCUGAUCACAAAAGAGGGUGGAAAGAUGCUUGGGACCUUGGUUGCGCUGGCUGUAGCACGCAUGCGAUCGCUCGAGACAUUCAUCUGGGACAUGCCGACGGGCGUCCUCCGCGACGUUUGGCUCGCUCUCUCCUCACUAGGGGAUCGGGCCACAGAGCAGAAUCCGUGCAAGCUGGAGAAGGUCUGGGUGAGAUGGCAUAACAACUCCCUCAGACUUGCCGAGGUCGCGACUCCGAUGCCUCCUCCACCACCGCCCAUCAACGUCAACACGAUGCACGCCUCGCAGUUUCACACCGCGAUUCCUGGACCAAUCCCGACACCUCAAAUGCAUCCCGCUGCACUAGAUCGAGUCGAGCAUCCCAACUUUUCCGUACUUCCAGCAUUAAAAAGCUUGAGCGUGCUGGACAUUGACGAGCUGGCAUAUCUGGACGAGAUGGCUGUGCUGAUCGGCAAGUCGCUUGACAAGCUACGUGAACUGCGUGUGGGCAUCGCGAGACACGCAAUGACAAAGGACUGGGUUACGGUGUGGGAAGGCGAGCAGUUGCGUCAGGUCGAUCCCGACUAUCCCACAGCUGGAUCUCUCACAAUUGGAGAAAAACGAUUGGGCGGCGUCAUGGGCAUUCUGACUGGUUUCGUGUGCGACAUGCGCAAGCCGAGAAUCGUUUUGCCUGAGCGGAGGCGCCACCGACGAACAUCGAGUAGAACGAGCGCGAGCGCGACGAUUCCGGAGUCACCUGUGACCGCCUCGGCCGAGAUGCCUUCUGCUUUGACCCAAACUGCUGGCAUCGCGAGUCUAGGCGAUGUCAUCGCUGAAACAGCGGAUGAGGACUCCAUGGUUAUGACUGAUGAGACGACACCAUUGCACGUGGAUUCAUCGCACGAGCUGCAAUCAGAACCGAGCAGUGAUCCUGCAAUAGAGACUGCGCUACAAGCUAUUGCACCUACGACCGAGCCGACAAACAUGUCCCUACUCGACCAGGAGCCGGUCACACUGGACUCACUGGAAGAUGUACAGCAGCCCUGGCUCGAGAACGUGCUCAAGUUGGAAAGCCUGGAACUGGAGAGGGUGCCCAUCUCAGUCCCGGUCCUUCAAAAGGCUAUCAACUGGACUACUCUGACAUCACUGACACUUCUGCAUUGUGGCAAUCAUGAGCAGUUAUGGAAGACGCUUCGAAAGCAGUUCGCGCCAACGCCCAAGUCGCCUGUGUAUCCAACACCACGACGAACAGCAGCCCCUUCACCCAAGAAGGGCGGCAAGCCUUCACUGCCCGACGCAGAUCUUGUCUACCAUCUCAACCUCAGGAAGGUGCAUACCAACACUGUUUCGCCUGCACUUGUAAGUUUCCUGAAAGAAACUCUUGCGCCAAACAGCCUGGAAGUGCUCUUCUUGCAGGAAGCUCGAAGCUACAAUUCACCUGUCGCUGUGGAGGCAAUAUAUCGCGGUCCGCUUAGGAGACAUCGCAACAGCAUCAAGAAGUUGCUAAUCGACAGUUCCGAAAAGGGCGUGGACGGAAUGCCAACCAACUCCAACAGAUGGCGACGAUGGAUAUUGUCUCGCGAUAUUCUGGCCUUUGUUUGCAGCGGAAAGAUGCCAGCGCUGCGAGAGCUCGGUAUGGCCAUCGACUACCGCGACUGGCAUUUCUUCCUCCAGCACCUGCCUAGCGUCCCUCAGCUGCGGUCCUUGUACCUUCCAUUCUUGGCAAAUCACGUCUCAGGACCCAACGUGGACCCACGUGAGCUUGCGCUGCAAAUUGUGGACAUCGUCGCGCUGAGAUCGGAAGUCGAGCUGUGCUACAUGGGUAUCGCGAACAAGUGCUUCGAGAUUCUCGAAAACCGUAAGGAGGAUGCUCUUAAGAGCGAAUGGGAUGUUCUGCCCUCAGGCUUCGUCGAUCCUGACGCUGUCCCAAGCGAUGCCGAUGAAGACGAUGACGAAGAUGACGAUGCGGACGAUGAGGAUGAAGUCGAAGACCUCGACGAUGAAGCAGAAGAAGAGACCGAGAGCGACGAAGACGACAUUGACGACGACACUGAUUCCGAGGCCGAUGGCGCCGAGUUCGGCAGACACGCUGCUAGACUGAGGCUCAGGGAGAUCUUGUUUUAUGAUGACAAGGUCGCCAUCUUCAAAGCCAGACAUGGAAGACUGUAGAUGACUAAAAACAACAAAAUGCACAGAAGGGGGCACGGUAUGAACGUAACGCGGCAUUGGGGCGUUGCAGGGGACCUGGAUUGGAACUCGGGCUUCUUUUUUAUUCUUUAACACGUGGGAUCCACGGAGCAGCAAGAUGAUUCCCCCCAGCCAUGACCGCGAAUCGCGGGCGGCAACAUUGUUUUGCAUUGUGUUACUACCGAUCAUUGUUAUCUUCACGAAACGAUAAGGAAAGGUGAUGUUCUUCAUACCAUCCAUAUGCAAGAAUUUGAUAUGGAUAUGGACAUACAGC